UUCAUUAGCAACGCUAUUGACGCGGAACAACGCGCCGUCGGCAGUUCGGUAACAAUGUCGAAAAUUAGUCGAUACUUUAGCCGGAAUCGCCGUUGCUUCGUCUUUGCUUUGUCGCAUCGUACCGGCUACGACGAGGAGAUAAAUUCAAAUAAAUCUCGACUUCCGUCCCGUAAGCGAAUGCACGGGGCGUGAAUGGCCGGCUGAAAAUGCAAAUGUACCCGCGUAAUUACGCGUUGCUGAGGAGAAGAUUGUACUGUUAUUCAUCGUGUCCCCGAUAUAACGACUCUUUUCAUAAUUACAGAGGGGGGAGGGGGCUGCUUACGCAAUUCUUCGCUCACAAAUUGAAAAGCCUCUCGCGAAAACUCGAAAUCGACACGGGCGAUUGUUCGCGCGCAUUCCUGCGGCUCCCUCCCCUCCCCGGAGACAACAGCAGAUAUCUUUAAAUACCAGGUGAAACUAGGAAAUGACAUCGCGGUAGCGGACAAUCGUUCCGCGGGCAGUAAUUGCAGCAACGCAUCGUGCGACGAUUCUGCGAAGGCAGAAACCACGGACGUCGAAUUAUUCCCCUCAAUGCCAAUCGCUCACGAACGAGCGCGUUAUUCGAAGUCGACGUCGUCCACUCGUUUUCUCUCGUUAUUCUCCCUCUUCCACUUUCCCACGAUUGCAACCACGGAAACCUUUGUUAGUUACCUGCUUUUUCUUAUUCUUUUUUUCUUUUUUUUUUCCUUUUAACGCGGCUGAAUUCAGGCUCGGAAAGUGUAGAAAGCGCGGCGAACCCGUUGACAACCGGGCGAAGCGAAAGUUUUGUGAUGUCGCGUAUUCUGAAAAACGGGCGCGCCAUACAAUGUAACCACAUCGGUGUGCGCGCGCGCGCGCGCGCGAGAGAGAGAGAGAGAGAGAACAUAUUUCAAUAUACAUUUAAUUACGCUUGUCGUUUAAUCAACGUCGGUGUCAAGCGCCGUAAAUUAGACUGUGCCUAUAUAGAUGAAUAAGUUCUGCCGUGGUUUCGUUCCUUUUCGUUUUCAUCGCCGUUAAGUGAAUCGAUCCGUCGGACCGGUUGGCGCGUGAAGAUAAUCAUCUCGAACGCUAUCAUCUACGGCACAUUAAAUUAAGGUUAAGCCUUAUCCGACGAUCGCAAUCUAAUCUUUCAUUACGAUCCGACGUGCUUCAACCGGUACAUAUCUGCAGCCCCGCUAUUACAGUCUCUUGUCGAUCACAGCUCACAACACCUGCGAGUCGGUGGGAGCGUUUUGCGAAUAGCAAAUAAUAAUAGAGUUUCCCGCGUGAUGUAAAGUUACGCCGCGCGAUUGAAUUUCGAAAUUUACCGCGCGGCGUUCGUCCGUCGGUGAAAGCGUCUCGCGCGGCAUCGCAACGGAAGCGCUCGAUGCAAUCCUCGAUAUUUGCGCGAAGCUCCUCUUUCCAUUCGUCAUCAGACGAGACGAUCAUUAGCAUCAAACAGCAGAUCACCAGAUUUAAUCUGUCGAUAUGUAGAUCCGCGGCUCGCGUGCGUUCGCGCAAAAAAUGCCGAGCAGUUCUUUACGUAAUGAAAAGCGAGAAACGCUUCUCGCCGCUGCGUCUCGUCGACCGCGUCGGAGACGGACGCACUCGUGAGUGGGAUCUUGACGAAUGCUCGUGAGCAUUUGGAUUUGUCUUCUCCUCGUCGCGGCCAAGUGCGCCAGAAGUUGUGCGUAAAUUCGUCGUUCCACGAGUGAAGAUCGUUCCGUUGACACUGACAAGCCGUAUUAAAAGCUGCUCAAGGUCGAACUGUUGUUUGUCUUUUAAGAAUAAUUGCCGUUGAAAGUGUAAAUGUAAACAGAAUGGACUCUGUCAAUGCCGAGAACAAGACUAACAUAUUGCAAUGGCCGGACUACCUCGUGAUCAGUGUGAUCAUGUUCGUCUCCGCCUCCAUCGGGCUUUAUUACCGAUUCAGCGGUGGUCGACAAAGUACAUCCUCGGAGUACCUCUCCGCGGAGAACUCGAUGGGCAUGCUACCCCUCUCGAUCUCCUUGAUGGCUUCCCAAAUAUCGGCCAUCACCAUGCUCGGGAUAAGCGGGGAAAGUUACAUCAACGGCCUGUUCGUCGUCAUGAUGUACGUUUGCAACGGUAUAGCCAUACCGUUCGUCAUCUACUACUAUCUACCGGUGUUCUUCGAGCUGAAGGUCGUAAGCAUCUACGAGUACCUGCAGAAGCGAUUCGGACUGCACUUACGGAUGCUAGUGAGCGCCGCUAACUUCAUUGAGACACUGAUGCUGGCCGGGGUGAUGCUAUACGCCCCUUCGUUAGCUCUCGAAGUCACCACAGGCUUGUCCAGCACCAUGAGCAUCGCGGUGAUCGCUACAAUUUGCACCUUCUACUCCACGAUAGGCGGCAUCAAGGCCGUCUUGGUCACCGACGUCUUCCAAGGCAUACUCAUGGUGAUCACGAUGUCGACGAUCCUCGCCAUCGCCGCCGCGAACGUCGAAGGAGGCGUCGCCGGCAUCUGGCGCAUCGCGCGAGAAGGAAACCGUCUAGACUUCGACAAGUGGAGUCUCGAUCCAACUGUGAAAUACACGUGGUGGAAUGUUAUAUUUGGCAGCACGAUGGGCCUGACCUUCAUCGCGGUGAAUCAGGUGCAGGUCCAACGUCUGUUGACCGUUAGAAACCUGAAGACAGCCACGAACGCUGUAAUAUUGAGCGGUCCCUUCGUCGUACUACUGGCUGGUUUAACUUGCCUCACCGGAGUGUCGCUCUACGCGGUCUACCGAGACUGCGACCCGGUGGCGUCCGGCAAAAUCUCCUCUUACGACAAGAUAGUCACGCACUUCACCGCGGAAAGAAUGUCGCCCGGGGUGAUCGGCCUGAUUAUCUCCGGGAUCUUCAGCGCCAGCCUCAGCACCAUCUCCGCGAUGAUGAACUCGUUGGCCGCGGUCGCGCUGGAGGAUUACGUGAAGCCGCUGUGCCAGAAGUUCGGAGCGAACUUCAGCGACAACAAGGCCGUCUUGGUGGCCAAGUUGUUGACUUUCCUCAACGGCGUCUUGUGCCUGCUGUUGGCUCUGUUGGCGAGGACGAUGGGCGGCCUGGUCGCCGUCGCUCUGAGUAUCACCGGGGCGAUCGGCGGCCCGAUUCUCGGUAUCUUCACGCUCGGCAUGUUCACCGAGAACGCGAACGAAGCGGGAACGUAUAUCGGUAUGAUUACCGCCUUGUGCAUCUGCAUGUGGGCGGCUUUCGGCCAGCCGAAGCCGCCGCCAUCGCUGUCGCCAGUCUCGGUGGAAGGCUGCGUGAAUUCCACGGAGCUGCUGCUCGCCGCACACAGCAGUUACAACAGUACCGCAUUACCGGACAAGUCGUCGUACUUCUACUUGUAUCGUAUUUCCUACAUGUGGUAUAACUCCAUAGGAUUUGUGAUUACUAUAGUGGUUGGAUAUGUAACGAGCAUUGUAAUACGGCGCAUUCGACCCGGAAAUAACAUCGAGCACGAUCCGAACUUGUUCGUGCCAUUUCUGGCCUCCAAGAUCAGACGACGACGACGGGACGCGGAGAAAACUACCGGCAGUCAGCUGUUCGUCCUGGAUGCUAGAUGAGAAGCUUGUAACUAGAUAAAGUGCAAUUAUUCAUGAACAAAUAUGUGACACUCCUUCAACCCCGGGCGACUCGAUGAUUUGUAAGAUGUCGACUCGACGUUCGACAUUAAAGAAAAAAACGAUUGACCGACUGUUACUGUAAAAAUUAA